AUGGAGCCAAUUACAUCUUCAGCGUUCUCCUCCGACCUUCAGUUUUGUCCUGUUUGUGGCUGCAUUCUUCCAACACCAAGUCGAGGACAAGAAAUUGUUCCCUGUGCUCGGUGCCCCUUCAAACGAAAUGUAAAAGACUAUAGUGAUGUUGUAGAAGAGUUUGUCAUUCAUUUCAACUCCCCUAAGAAGAAGCACAAGCAUAGAUCUGCUAGUGAUGAUGCUGAAGGGAGCUCACAGACGGGACAAAAAACAGCAUCAGAGUUCAUGGGUCCAACUGUGGAACGGCAGUGUCCACGAUGUCAACAUGACACAAUGACCUACACAACUAGACAGACUCGCUCCGCUGACGAGGGUCAGACUGUUUUCUACACCUGUGUCUCUUGUAGAUUUCAAGAUAUUGAAUAUUCCUGA